CGCGGACUCCGGCAAGCGCCAUCGCGCCGCUCCUCCGGCUAUAAAAUGGGAGCGGGUAGGGAGGCACCAUACCACCCAUCUUCAAUUCUCCAUCCAUCACCAACCUCCGUAGCAGCAUCGCCGGCGCUCUUGGAUUGGAGCCUCGUCCCUGCAAAGGUGCCUCUAUGAAAGGAGGGACGCUACAAACCAUCCUGAUGCUGAACAUGGCGGUGCCACUGCUCUGUCUUGCACUACUGCUCCUAGCAUCCGGCUCCGCCGGCGCCCAAGCUCUCAAAGACUACCCGGAAGUGAAGUUCAGCACCGCUUCGGCGACACCCGAGAAGUACAGCAGCUUCAUCGCCUCGGUCCGUGCCGCGCUGGUGAGCAAAGCAGGGGGGCAGAGCAACGGGAUCCCCGUGCUGCUCAACCAGGACGACCCGCUCGCGCUUGAAACGUAUCUGAACAUCACUCUGACGAACAAGGCAGGGUACUCUGUAAGCCUGAAGAUGGAUGUCACCGGAGCUUACUUCACAGGUUACGUGGCAGGGAAGUACUCGUGCCUGCUCAAAAGAUCAGGCCGCGCAUUCUCAUCGGCAAUCUGUUAUACUGAUCCAUGGUCAUCAAGUUCAGUUGCUACGCUGCUGCAGUCCAGCAUCAGCAGAGAGAGGAGCUAUCCUGCAGGCCAGCAUGAUCUUGGAGCCGCAACGUGGCGAGCUAAAGAUCUGGACCAGGCCGUCUCGUCGCUGUUCCUGUUCCCCACCGGCAACGCCACGAAGGAGGACCUGAGCCGGGCCGUCGCCGCCUGCGACAUGAUGAUCGCGAGCGCGGCGACGUUCCCGUACAUCCAGCGGCGGAUGAGCGCCGGCAUGCGGGAUGGCAACGGCGUCUCCGACGAUCCGAGCCUACACGUCCUCCAGGAGCGCUGGCUGGCGCUCUCCGCUGCGGUCCAGCAGUCUUUCCAGGGCGCCUUCCCGGCUCCGGUCACCGUCCAACGGAGCAACGGCAAGUGGCUGCGAGUGGACAACGUGCGCACGGCCGUCCCCCUCGUGUCCUUCCUGGAGCACGAUACCUGCAAGUCGUCGGCGGCGGCGGCUUCCCAGCAGCUCCCCAUAGUCAUCAGGUCCGUCGUGGAGGAGGCGGACAUGGGCGGUGGUGCUCCGGUGUGCAGCCAGGCGGAGCCGACGACGCGCAUCGUGGGGCCGGAGGGGCGGUGCGUGGACGUGCCCUACAACAGGUACUACAGCGGGAGACAGGUGCAGCUGUGGUCGUGCAAGUCCAACGGCGACGUGAACCAGCUCUGGACCUUCAAGCGCGACGGCACCGUCCGCUCCAACGGCAUGUGCCUGACCGCCGCCGCCGCCGCCCAGGCGGGCGCCCGCGUCGUGGUCGACGAGUGCCCGCCGCGCGUCCCGGCGGAGCGCGCCGUCUGGGAGGCGCGCGCCGACGGCACGGUGGCGCUGCGGUCGAGCGGCCUGGUCCUGUCCGUGACCUCGUCAUCGGCGUUCGCCGGCGUCACGGUGCGGCGCGACGACCGCGGCACGGGCCAGUCGUGGACGCCCACCAACGACACCGCGCCGCUGACCGCCCCCGUCGUCGGGUUCGGCGACCUCUGCCUGCAGGUGGACUUCGCGGGGGCGGUCUCCCUCGCGGCCUGCGGCGGCGCCGGCAUGGCGUGGUCUCUCUACCCCGACGGCUCCGUGCGCCCGCCGGCGUGGCUGUUCCUCCAGUGGAGGUGCCUGGCCGCGGACGCCAGUGGGCGGGUGGCGGUGAAGUUCUGCGACGGGUCCGGCUCGGCCUGCGAGCGCUGGGUGUUCCGCAGCGACGGCACCAUCCUGAACACCGGCACCGGGAUGGUCCUGGACGCGAGGCCGUCGGCCAGCAAGAGCGGCUGCUACGACGUCGUCGUGUCGCCGGCCACGGGCAGCGCCACCCAGCAGUGGGCGCUCAUGCUGUGAUCUCUGAUCUGAUCCAUCAGCUUCCUGCUACAGGGCUAGUGGUGUGCCGUAUACAAUAAAGUCUUGUGGUGCAUGCUUGCUGAAUAAAGUCUAGCUCUGUACCAUUGCAGGUUGGGCGUUGUUGUUAGUGCUGUGAGUAUGUAAUAACAAUCGUUCUCCAGUGAAGUCUCUGUUUUCACCGAGCCAAAAGGAAAACCUUUCCCAUUUCA